AUGAAGUUCCUCAGUAUCAUCACUGUUUUCAGCGGGUUGGUCGCUGCCGCUCCAAUCGUUGACUCUCCAGUUGCCGAGAAGAUCGAGAGUCGUGAUGCUCUCCUUGGUCUCGGUGUUAAUCUGAACCUGGGUACUUCGAGCGGUCCUCUGCUCGGUGUCGCGGUUGGUUCUUCGACUCUUUUGGCUGUUGGAGGUACGCUCCCCAAAGUUUCAUCUGCUGGUACGAAGAAGACAUCUUCUGUUGCAGUCGCAACACUGGCUCAACCCUAUUCAACCCUCGUUAAAACAUCAUCUUUAGGCACCGUCGCUACGGCCAAGGCAUCUUCUACCACAACCACUGGAGUAGCGGCUACUACCGUUACUUCCGCGGCUUCCGCCGCGUACACGAGCUUGUACCCGUCGUCAUUCGCUGGCCCUGCGGCAAAGGGUGUCCUUUCGCUCACCAACUUGCCUGCUCUUCCACCCGUGCUUGACCAGACCAUGUCCGGCGUUCUUGGUGCCGUAUACGGGCUCAUGUCUGGUAUUUGCAGUUUUGAUUACAAGUGCAGCAUCUCCGUUGCCGGAACGAUUGCAAACCUCCUCGUCGACGGUGCUUCAUAUGGUGCAGUCACCACCAUUGAGGCUUGGUGUGACCAUGGUCGUUGCUACGGCAAUCUCGAACCUACCCUGACGGCCACCGCUCCCUUCACGAUCACGUGCACCUACAUCACUGGUACUCAGGCCUGCUCAGGCACCAUCACCGGCAUGGCUCAAGCAAUCUUCUCGAACGGUAAACAACUUGAAUUUUGGGGAUGGAUCACUCCUGUCGGAUACUGCGUAGAUGGUGUAUGCACCGCUUCCGUCAAGGCUUUCGCUGACCCCAUGUACUAA